AUGGCUCAACCGUCGCUCCCAGUUCGAACCAACGAUGUCUCACACACCAGUCCCGCGCCCAGCAACACAAGUGGUAUAGUAGGGCUGAAGAGGAAGAGGACACCAGAACAGAAAUUCUACGCUGUCAAAGAGGGGAAGGCUCCAGGUAUUUAUGCCACCUGGCCGGAAUGCCUCAGCCAGGUCAAGGGACACAAGGGUGCGCAGUACAAAGCCUUCCAGUCUCUUCAGGAUGCCCAGGCCUUUGUUGAGGGGAGACUCCCGAUGAACACGACCUCUAAACUUCAGAGAUACUACGCCGUCCAAAACGGAAGAGUCCCGGGUGUCUACACGGACUGGCCACAAGCCCAAGCUCAGAUUCGAGGUGUAUCCAAACCCAAAUACAAGAAGUUUGACACCAGAGCAGAGGCGGAAGCCUUUGUUGCCGCGGGAAAGAAAGCCAACAGUGUAGAAUCCCCUCAGAACCUCAGUCCCGAGGAGGAAAUUCGCCAGCUGAUUGUUCGCAAUUCAGCUCCUGGGUUACAGCUUAGAGGCACGUAUGCCCCAACAGACAAAGACGGCAAUCCCUACGACAUCGCUCGGAGGCCUCUCCCUCCUGGUGCGGAGGAUGGAUAUGACCCGAAUGUGAAGCUGGCCCCGGACGGCACCAUUGUUGAUCGCACGGACGAGGAGAGGAACAGAACCAAGAAGGUAGCCAGGGAAAAAGAUCCUCCAGGCAUGCUGCGGAUAUACACCGAUGGGUCAAGUCUCAGGAAUGGCCAAGCUGGGGCAAGAGCAGGUGUCGGAGUGUAUUUCGGGCCACAAGACCCAAAAAAUGUCUCCGAGGCGCUCAAGGGUAGCAAGCAAACCAACCAACGCGCCGAAUUGACAGCGAUACUACGAGCGCUUGAUAUAGCACCUCGACACCGCGAUGUCACCAUUUACACGGACAGCAAGUAUUCAAUAGAAUGCGUGACUAACUGGUACCGAAAUUGGCAGAAGAACGACUGGAUGAACGCCAAAGGGAAAGCCGUCGAGAACAAAGAUCUCGUGGUGGACAUUCGCGACAGAAUCGAGGAGAGGGACCAGCUUAGCAGACGCACCCUUUUUGUCUGGGUCAAGGGCCAUCAAGACAAUGCGGGCAACAUUGCGGCGGACAAGUUGGCCGUGGCGGGAGCGGUCAUGGGUAGGGGGUUCAGUGAGGAAGGAGAAAAAGAUGGUCAGCCCACAGUUAGAAAAAGUGGUGGAGCUGACCGAGCUGGCCGCCGGACUGGUGGGGACGACGACGAAGACGAUGAAGCCAAAGCUGCAUUUGACGCCAUGGAUCGUGCUCUGGAGGAUGGUGAUGAUUAUGAUGGGUUCAAGUGA